AUCGACCUCGAUCCGACCACGGGCUUGCCCAAAGGUGCCGGCACAGUGCCCUUCAAGCUCGAGGACCACCCGGCCGGCCACAGCGGGCGCAGGCUCAAGGUCGCAAUGAUCGGCGCCGGCUUCUCGGGCAUCAUCGCCGGUAUCCGCAUCGACCAGAAGCUCAAGAACGUCGACCUCGACAUCUUCGAGAAGAACCACGACGUCGGCGGCACCUGGCUCGAGAACAACUACCCAGGGCUCUGCUGUGACAUCCCGGCACACUGCUACAGCCUCACUUUCGAGCCGAAUCACCGGUGGAGCCACUUCUACGCGUCCGGGCGCGAGAUCCUCGCCUACCUCAAGCGCGUCGCCGCCAAGUACAAGCUCGAGCGCUUCCUUCGCUUCGGGCACAAGUUGACGGCCGCCAAGUGGAACGACGACACCAAGCAGUGGCACCUGUCGUUCGACCUCGUCGACGAGCACGGCAACAAGCACGGCGAGGUCGACAAGGUGGUCGACGUCGUCAUCCAGGGCAUGGGCGGCCUGAACAGGUGGGACUGGCCCGCCAUUCCCGGCAUCCACGACUACAAGGGAAACCUGUAUCACUCGGCCUCGUACCCUGUCGGCCCCGAGGCGGAAAAAGGAAAGACGGUCGCGGUCAUCGGCUCUGGCUCCUCUUCCAUCCAGAUCGUCCCGGCCUUGCAGCCCUACGCCGAGCGCGUCGACAACUUUGUCCGAGGCCAAGCCUGGAUCGCGACACCUUUUGCCUCGACCGAGCUCCUCAAGCGCAGCCCGGACGGGAGCAACUACGCGUUCACCGAGGCCGAGAAGGACCGCUUCGAGCACGACGCCGAGUACUACAAGGAGUUCCGCAGCACGAUGGAGCGCGAGCUCAACGGCGUGCACGGCGUCACGCUCCGCGACAGCGAGCUGCAGAACGGCGCGGUCGAGGCGUUCCGGGACCUGAUGCAGAAGAAGCUCGCCUCGAAGCCGCACAUCGCCAAGGCGUUCAUCCCCAACUUUGCCGUCGGCUGCCGGCGACUCACGCCCGGCCCGGGCUACCUCGAGGCGCUCGUCGAGCCCAACGUCGACUUUAUCUCGGCGGGCAUCAAGCGCUUCACCGAGACGGGCAUCGAGACGGUCGACGGCGACCACCGCGAGUACGACACGAUCGUUUGCGCGACCGGCUUCGACACGACCUUCACGCCGCGUAUUCCCAUUAUCGGUCGCAAUGGCAACAACGUGCAGGACUUGUGGGGCGACAAGCACCCGUACCCGUCGCACUACCUCUCGAUGGCGAUCAGCCCCGACCACCCCAACUAUUUCGUCGUCGGCGGGCCCAACUCGGCCCUCGGCAGCGGGUCGCUCCUCGUCCUGUACGAGAACGAGAUCAACUACAUCGUCGAAGCGAUCGACAAGAUGCUGCGGGAGAACAUCCUCGCGAUGUCGGUCAAGCAGGAGGCGGUCGAUGACUGGAUGGAGUACACGCACGAGUACUUCAAGAAGACGGUCUUCUCGACCAAGUGCCGCAGCUGGUACAAGAGGGGCCUCGAGGAAGGACCCGUCACCGCACUUUGGCCUGGCUCGGCGGGCCAUGCCCUCGCCGUCAUCUCGCACCCUCGGUGGGAGGACUUUACGUUCGAGGCGUCCAACCGCAACCGGUUCGGCUGGGUCGGCGACGGCUGGAGCCGCGAGGAGGUUGAGGGCGGGAACACGGCCUACUACCUCGACCAGAUCGACCAACCGCCUGUCCCCAAAUGAGCGCUCGAAGGGUUGCAGCUGGCGAGGCGCACAGGCUGGCUGCGAGCGGGAGCAGGGUCGAAAGUGGCCCCGGCGACGAGGAGCAGGUCGGUGUUGCGAGAUCUUGUGUAGUCGGAUCAUCUCAGUUGUCAUUGCAGGACUGUAUCGCU